AUGUCACAAAGCUUUUACAUAAGAAGUCGCAUCUUAUCACACACCAGAGGAUUCACAAUGGAAAGAAAGUCAUAUCAGUGUUCUGAAUGUGAUAAAGCUUAUUUCCACAGAAGUCAGAUCUUCUCAAACACCAGAGGGUUCACACUGGAGAGAAGCCAUAUCAGUGUUCUGAAUGUGAUAAAGCUUUUACUUGAAGUCACAUCUUAUAAUCACAGACAAAACCAGUGGAUUCACAUACGCGAGGAGAGAAGUCAGUUAAUCAGAUGUUCUGAAUGUGAUAAAGCUUUUACACAGAAGUAUCAAGUCUUAUCAGACACCAGAGGAUUCACAGUGGAGGGAAGUCAUAUCAGUGUCCUGAAAUGUAGGAUAAUGCUUUUACACAGAAGUCAAAUAUUAUCAGACACCAGAGGGUUCACACGGAGAGAAAUCCUUUUAAUGCUCUCAAUGUGGAUACAAAUACUUUAA